UCCUCUGCGUUCAGUAAAUCCUCAUCACCGACUUCAAUGGCCCCAGAAGUAUUUACGCUCGCCCAAACCCCCAUUACGUCGCACGCGUUCAACGCGGAUAGGUCGAAGCUCGCUGUCAGUUUCAACAACAACGAAACCCAGAUCCUCUCCCGUCAAGGAAAUGAAUGGCUCACCACCGAAACUCUCUCUGAACACGACAAAGUGAUCACCUCCAUCGAUUGGGCACCUAAUUCCAACAGGAUCGUCACCGCGUCUCAAGACCGAAAUGCGUAUGUCUGGCAAGAGACUGCCGAUCCCGAGACUGGCAAAUUGGUGUGGAAACCUACACUCGUGUUGUUGCGAAUCAAUCGCGCUGCGACGUAUGUGCGAUGGAGUCCCAAGGAGGACAAGUUUGCUGUUGCCAGUGGUGCUAGAGCUAUCGCUAUCUGUUCGUUUGACGCCGAGAACAAUUGGUGGGUCGCGAAACAGCUUAAGAAGCCCAUUAGGGCUACCGUGUUGUCCCUCGACUGGCACCCCAACAAUGUCCUCUUAGCUGCUGGAAGCGCUGACCUCAAGGCUCGUGUAUUCUCUGCGUAUAUCAAGGAGGUAGAUGAGAGACCGGCUCCUACUGUCUGGGGCUCGAAGCUCCCUUUCAACACCAUCUGUGGAGAGUAUAGCAGUCCUUCUGGAGGCUGGGUCCACGCCGUGGGAUUCUCGCCCUCUGGCGACGUGUUGGCUUUUGCUAGUCACGAUAGUACCAUCAGCGUCGUUUACCCAGGUGGUCCAACUGUCUACAAUAUCCGACUCCCUUCCUUGCCCCUUGUCUCGUUGACCUGGACAUCGGAACACUCAAUCGUUGCAGCUGGACACGAUUGUCGACCUUUGGUAUUCGCUGGAUCUGAACAAGGGUGGCAAGAGUCUGGCACACUCGACGAUGCCACGUCCACCAAGAGUCCUGGCGGUGCCUCGGGCUUUGGAUCCGGGCCAGGACGUCUCAAGUCUGCUGCCUUUGAGACCUUCCGUGCUGCCGACACGCGUGGGCAAUCGAACAUUGGUGGAAGCGGGACCACCGAUACCAAGCUCCACACCAUCCACCAGAACACGAUCACCACUGUUCGCGCGUACGAGUGGGACCAGAAUGGCGAAGUCACCAAAGUUAGCACCUCUGGUGUCGAUGGAACCUUGGUUAUUUGGGAUGCCAACGCCAUUAGUGCCCUCACUGGCCGCUUGGGUGGUGCUACUGUCCGAUAA